AUGCUUUUCAACAUCAUAUGCAGUCCAAACAAGCUCUCCAUACUUCUCCUAAAGCGCGGGGAUCGACGGAGAAUUGUGCCGUUGUCCUUGCAGAUUUCUCCGCAAAGGAUCUCGCGUGGUUCGUUGGAAAGUGCAAUAUCCAUCAGAUCGCGCGAUCGCAUUGUUGAUGGUUUGAAUUACCAUAAUAUCACUAACAAAACUCAUACGUCACACUGAUGAAGCGCAUUCAGAGAAGAGGCUGCAAUAUCGCAUUGACGCAGACGGCUUGGACCAGUGGAUAAAUAGGAACAACAGGCACUAUCCACAAAUCACAGUAAAAAUCGGCUCCCGGGUGUAAGAUGCUGUCAAUAGUCGCGUCAUGCUAUGAUAUAGCUCAAGCUUUUUCCGUUCCCCCACCGAGCCUGCGUGGUUUUGAGUAAACGAAGACACUUAAACAGAUCUACUCCAAUGCCUGAUUGAACGGCGCAUUCUAUGGAUCUCGUGCUACCCUUCUCACGACUUGUUUUCUUCCUCAGGUAUCCUACAGUUUGGUAGAACUCUGGAGCAGUGCUUUGCCGAUUUGCAAAUAACUCGAGGCCAUGGCAAUGACCGGGUACAACGUGUUUCUUGUUAAUGCAAAAAUCAAGAACCCCAUCCAUCUUCAUGAUAUC